AUGCCAUCUAACCGCAUAAUUAGUGACUCAAGUUCAGAACUGACACCCACCCCAACACAGGACCCAACACACUCCUCCUCCUCCUCCUCCUCACAACCACAACCAUCACUCGAGUCACUAACCAUUGGCACUCCCGACCAAAUCACUGCACUCUCAAAACACGCACCGCUAGUCUUGCCCAACCAAUUACCCGACCAGCCGUAUGCCGAAACACUACAAGCAUUACGGUGUAGUUACAAUUACACUUUUGUCAUGAAUUGGUUGUGCAACUUCCGGGGGUUUUUGAAAUUACAACUGGAGUUUUUCGAUGUUGAUAUUUUCGAAUUGGAAUUGUUGAAUUAUUUUCCUGAUCCAGCUACACUUUAUGAUAAUUAUGAUGUGGGAGCGACGGGGCGCUACUCUUCCUCUCCACCACCGUAUCCUGCAUCUGGUGCUUCAAUGUUGUUUAUUAAUAGGUUGAAAUUGAGCUUGAUGCAUUUUUUGAUGGGGAAUAAGAACCCAGAAUUGAGCUUUGAGCAAGUUGUGAGGCAGAAUUUUGGCAUAAGCACACCGUUAGGUGGUGUUGCUGAGGAAUCUGUUGAGAUUAAGGAGGAUGGAGAUGACAUCGAAGAAGGAGAUGUGGAAAAGGAAGCACCUGAGCAAGAGAAGCAACAACAGCAACAUCAAGAGCAGCAAGAGCAAGAUGUAGCUGGUAUAGACACCGCGCCAUCAUCCAAUGAUGCCAUCUUACCCCAAUUUGACUACCUAUUAAUUGAAGACAAGAUCGAAGUCUUGUACAUUGUCAUAUCCUACAUCGCCACCAGCUACAAAUUCAAAGACUGGAUCGAUCGCCAAGCGCCAAACCAGCCAGAAUUCUCUCGUGUUGACCCAAUAUUUGUCACCGAAAACACAUACAUUUCCAACAAAACCACAAAAGAAGCUUCACAUUCACAAUGGCUCUUGCUCUUUGACAAUGCCCGUCUAUACAAACGCACCAUCGGUUACCCCGACCUCGAAAUCCCCAAAAAACGUAAAAACUCACCCGAGUUCCCCCAGGACCAUUACCCAGCUUCCAAAUUUGACGUUUCUAAAUCACAAAUCCAAUUUGAAUUGAUUGCGAAAAACAUCUUUGAAUUGAAUACCUACUUGACCAAAUUAAAACUGAAUCGAUUCACGACAUCACCUCGUGUUUUGAUUUCCAAAUUAACCAGAUCGAAAUUAAUUGACUCUAUUUUCAACAAUGAGAUCAAAAAACGGAAAUUCAUCGCUAGUAGGAAGAAGGAGGUGCAGUUGGCAGGGUUAUUGGCAGUGAGGAAAAGAUCAUCGCGUUUGGAAGCUAGACAAGAACGUGAAAAAUUACUACGCCAACAACAAGUACAACUGCUGCAACUGCAGCUGUCGAAUCUGCAUGGUGAAGGUGGUGGUGACAAUGUGCGUGUUAGUGGAGAACGCCGCCUUCGUGAUGUAAGUAAUGGACGUGAAACUCCCGACCCGAAAUUGGAUAGUCAAAGGCGCUUCGAAAGAAGACAGCAAAGACACAAUCGGUGGUAA